AUGACUAUGUCCGCUCAGAAGAUCGUGGAACGCAUCGCCAUCACAUGGACUGAAGGCCGACUGGAGAAUGUUCUCGAACGGCAAAAGCAGCUUGCAGCUUUGCAUCAGUCACUUCACCGGCGGUUCGACGAUUGCGCACGCGCACUGCAACAAGAUAUGUACGAAGACCUUGAUAGUCCCGCUAGACUUGCCAAAUCGGAAGUUACAGCCGCUCUUGAUGCUAUCAACAGCUUGUACACCCAACUGAACUUUUCGGAUGUGCUAGCCAAAGAACGGAACUUGAAAAAAGGUGCAAAUGCAGCACGCUUUCUCGUCCCACUUGGGUCGACGUUAGUCGUACAACUUCCGUCAUCGCCCAUCAUUUCGACAUUGGGUCCCCUAGCUGCCGCAUUGGCUGCAGGCAGCCCAACAAUUGUCCUUGGCGCUCCUAGUCUUCCAGCCACUAGUAACAUGCUUGGUUGCAUAAUUCUGGAAGCUCUAGAUCGUGAGGCAUUUCAUUUCGAACAGUCAGCUGAUGUAUCAACAUGCGAAGCCUUUGCCCAGGCUGAAUACGCGACAGUAGUUCUUCACAGCCUCGAUACAAGCGACAGGAUUCGACCGCUUGUUCUUACCACGAACCCAGCUGUUCGGAUAAUUGAACCAUACUACGGUAUUCCAGCUGGUAUAAUCGAUCGCAGUGUUGCUGAUGCCAUCGACGUUGUUACCAAACGAAUACGAUUGGCGGUACAAGAUGUACCGAAAGGCAAUUCUUCCCGAGUUCCUAGACUUUUCUUUGUUGAUGAGUCUAUCUUUACUUCAUUCAAAAACGGAAUGCAAGCCCAACGCGAAGUGGCAAGCAUUAACCUGGAUCAGUGGCUUCGAAAACAGUAUCGAGGCAUUUCGCCUAGGUACUGCACGGAUCAAAGCCGGAAGCAGCGAAUCCCAGAACUUCCUGUGGUACAGGGCGCCAUCAUAUUAACAUUCUCAAGCAACUCAGAGAUUGUCCUUAUUCCUACAAGGAGUUCGGAUCACACAAUCGAUCUUUUAAACAAAAUCAAUGCCAGCACCGGGUCUCAAGUCAUCUAUAUUUUUGCUGGAGGGAAAGAAGGUUUCUACUUGGGAAAUUUCAUCACUACAUCUUACGUCUACCUCAACGAUGUACCAGUUGACUCUCUUGUCCUCACAAGUUGUCGCUCUGCGAAUGCUACGGCUACGCAGGGCUAUUACUUUGAAGACUUCUCUGAGAUGAAGGUCAUGCUUCAGGUCAAAGCUUCCACCUCGCAAAGCAAGGAGGGUAGCCCAGCCAAGUUAAAUGCAAGCAGAGUGAAGCAGUUUUCGGGUGGGAGGAUGUCAUACUUUGAACAAGGCCUGAUACUUGGUGCGACAAUUGGAAUUGCAGCCCUGGUGUCAGCGGGAUAUGUCUCUUACCGUGUCGCGAGCACCUUCUUUGUA